AGAGCUUAGGUGUUAGAAACGACUACUACUCUCUUCGACUUCACGCCACGCCACUCUACGCUACGUCUGUCUGAGGAUCAAAAGUCCUUCCUUCCCCUCUUCAACUUCACUGCCAUGGCCGUCGCUUCUGCUAACCAGGAGAAGAUCGAACUUCCUCAGUCCAUGGAGUCUAUGCCUUCUCCCUUGAAUUCGAAAGCGUGUUCCGAAUCUGGCUCUGAUAUCAGUAUUUCGGGAAACGGUGAUCAAAUUGAUCGUAACGAGCAAUCUGAUUCUUCUGUAAGCAACCGGAAAGAUGUCGAUAAUCAGUACAUUACGAUCCAAGCGGCAGUGAAAAGUGAAGAGUACCGGCAACUGUUUCAUCUUCCACCUGAAGAAGUCCUUGUUCAAGACUUCAACUGUGCUUUGCAAGACAAUUUCCUUCUUCAGGGACAUAUGUACUUAUUUGUUCACCACAUUUGCUUUUAUUCCAACAUAUUUGGAUUUGAGACGAAGAAAAUCAUCCCUAUCAAUGAGGUCACUUGUGUACGCAAAGCAAAGACUGCAGCAAUCUUCCCUAAUGCGAUAGAAAUUGUGGCUGGGGGAAAAAAGCACUUCUUUGCUUCUUUUCUGUCCCGUGAUGAAGCUUAUAAACUCAUUCUUGAUGGAUGGACACAACAUGGCAUUGGUGGUAAAGUUGCCUUAGAUCAUCUGGAUUCAAAAUCUGAGUCUGGCAGUCAAGACAAUACGCUUGUUAUAGUUGAAAAAGGUUUCAAACAACCAGUUAGCGACCUCCAAUCCUUGGAAAGGAAUAAGAGUGCUCAUAUUUCGGAAGAUUAUAUGCUUCUAUCCAAUGAAGAAGGUGAUCUUAGUUCAUCAAUGAGGUUUUCAGAAGCAGAGGAGAAUGGAGAAGAAGCCGAACCAGUUGUAAAUACUGAGUGUUUGUCUUCUAGAGAACCUUUGAAAUUGAAGCUUGAGGAUGCUGAUGCCCCUAAGAUACCUGAAACUUACACAAUGGUUGCUGAAUCAAAAUUUCCAGUUCAGGUAGAGGAUUUCUUCAAUCUUUUCUUUUCAGAUGAUGCUGUUGAGUUUACUGAGUUGUUUCAUAAAAAUUGUGGAGACAAAGCUUUUAGGUGCACUUCAUGGUCUGAGCAUGAACAAUUCGGACAUGCUCGUGAUAUGUCAUUUCAACAUCCGAUCAAAUUGUAUUUUGGUGCAAGGUAUGGUAACUGCCAGCAGCUCCAGAAAUUUCGCAUCUACAAGGACAGUCAUUUGGUUAUUGAAACUUCGCAAGAAAUCAAUGAUGUACCUUAUGGGGAUUGUUUCCAUGUUGAGGGGCUUUGGGAUGUGGAGAAAGAUGGUGAUAAAGGAAAUACUUCUUGCAUUUUGCAUGUAUAUAUUCGUGUACAAUUUUCUAAGAAAACAAUGUGGAAAGGGAAAAUAGAGCAGUCUACUAUUGCAGAGUGCCGAGAAGCUUACACAAUUUGGAUAAAAACUGCACAUGAAAGGGUAAAGCAGAAAAACGUUGCAAAAUUAGAAGAGUCCUGUCAUGAUGCUAACGCAACUCAAAAUGAUGCCCAAUUGGAAACACAUGCAAAAACUGAUGCACCUUCAGAAGGAUUACAUGAUGUGAGCAAACUUACUGAAGAGUCUAAUUCUAAAGAUGGUGAUACACAAUUUCAAGGUCUGCUGCAAGGAAGCUCAAAUGGCACAACAUUAUUUGGAGAGUCAUUGGCAACAUUAUGUUCAUAUUUGAAAAGUCAAAGCCACUUUCCUCUAGUCUUAUUCGCUACGUCUGUUUUGAUACUUCUUUUGAUGCAGCUGAGCAUAGUUGUACUACUAACUAGAGCCCCACAAGUCCAUGUCAUCUCUCAAGUGGACUAUAUGAAUGGCGUCACUAGUGGCAUAGAAAAUAAAGCAGCAGAUGUAGCAUGGUUGGAAAAGCGGGUUCACCACUUAAAGGAUGAGAUGCUCAUGGUCGAGGCUCGACUAGAGAGGAUGCGCCAUGAACAUGAACUGUUAAAAGCACAGCUACUGGCCCUUGAGCCUCAGACAAGAUAAACAUAGCACCCACCCCAAUCCUAACGUAUGUAUGAUUGUAUAUCUUUGAAUCUUUUGCUUAUAAAUCCAUGAUCAAAUUCUUCUUA